AUGCAUAUGGUUCCAGUCGUCGCCCUCCCCUUCGUCAAGGCCACCUACGUGACCGUCCCCGCCUACGGCAUGUGCGGGGCGCCGCUGCCGCCGCCGCCGCCGCCGCCGCCGCCGCCGCCGCCGCCGCCGCCGCCGCCGCCGCUGCCGCUGCCGCCGCCCGCCGCGGGCGUCGGCGUGAGGAAGGCGGGAGCGGAUCGACUGGUGGGCAAGUCUGUCAAGGCGCCGUGGACGCGCCAGGAGGACAUUAUGAUCCGCGAUGGCGUGCUCCAGCGCGGCUACAAGUGGACCGCGAUCGCGAAGUCGCUCCCGCACAAGCGCUCGGCCGACGCGGUGCGCAACCGCUGGCAGAGGCUGCAGUCGCGCCGGCGGGGAGGGACGCCGCGAGGUUCGCCCGCGCUGAUGCGCCCCAGGUCGGACGGCGAAGCCGACUCCGAGGGCGGCGCGUCCGCCGAGGGCUCUGGCGGCGGCGCCGACGUCGGCGAGGACUUUACCCCCCCCGAGGUGGAGAAGCACGGCGACAUGUGGACCGAGGAGGAGGACUCGAUCAUCGACAACGCGGUGGCGCAGCGCGGGCCGUGCUGGGCCGCCAUCGCCCAGCUGCUGCCCGGCCGCACUUACUCCGGGUGCCGCAACCGCUGGGUGAGGCUGCAGGAGCGGCGCCUGGCCGCGGCAGGCCUGCACGUCAAGGGCGCGGCGCAGGCCACG